CCUCUUUCUGAUGUAAGGAACUAGGCGAGUGCAAAUGACUCUUGGCUGUUUCUUUGCUGUCAGUGAGGCUGACAUUCCAAAAAUGCUGCCCCCGCCCAGUGCCUGCUGGUUUAUCCGUUUUUCUGAGCUGCAGAAGGGCCAGAUGAUUCAGCGUUUCGGGUGGAGAGGAGACCCAGGUCAGGCAACCCUGGGGAGCCGGGUGGUGGGGAUGGAUUGACUUUCUGUUCUCAGAGAGAGGAGGGUAUAUUUGGGCUACUAGUUGUCCAGUUGAGGGAGGCCUCUGCACAUGGGGAGCUACUCUCUCUGGGACUGGGCAUCCUUCCCCAGGCAGCUUCCUUUCUCUGGAUGCAGGUGGGAGGGGACUUCCUGGGGUCUUACUCUGAGUCAGGUAUUCAGUCCAGCAAACUGGUCCUAUGUGUGCCCCUGUUGAGGGCUGCCCUUUGUAGGGCAGAAAAGAGAGCAGACACAUGCAGCACAGGGUAGAGAGAGAUGCCCAGCAGGGAGUUAGAGGACUGUUCUUCCCCAUGGCAUGGUGUCCCUCGAACCUAGUAUGGUGCCUGCUCCUGGCAGGUGCUUUGUGGAUGGGGGACCUCAGAGGAGAGAAAGCAUCAGGGCUCAGGCUUGUGGGUAUGGCGGGAGAGUUUCCUGGAUCUUACUAGUCUUCAUGUUGAGUGGAGGAACUUGAAAAGGAUGGGAGACUAGGGGCUGCAAAGAGAUGCUUGGAGGCAAAUACGGGAAAAGACACUUAACUGAACCUGGAUGGGAAAGAUCAGGCCACCCUGACCAUCUGUCUGUUCUCCUUCCCUUGAGGGGCCAAACAGAGAGCAGGUCAGUGGUUAUCACCCUUAGCUUUCCUUUGAAAAAUACUGAUGACUGGGUUCCACAUGCCCACGUCCUGAUGAAAUUGGUCUGGGAUGUUGCCUGGGCAUUGGGGUUUCUAAAGCUCCCAGGUGCUAACAAGGUUGAGAUUCUAUGGUGUAAAGCAGAGGUUCUCAAACUUUUGUAUACAUCAGAAUCACCUGAGGUGUUUGCUAAAAGUCAGAUUGUUAGGUCCAUUCUCCUAUGGUUAUGAUUUAGUGGGAUAGGGCCUGAGAAUUGGCAUUUCUAACAAGUUCUCAGGUGGUGCUACUGCACUGGCCCAGGUACUACACGUAGAGAACCACUACUAUAGAGCAACCUGUUGCUAAGGCAUUGAUCACCAAGCCUCUGACUGGCUGGGAGGAGUGUGGUGUGCUUGAAAGAGCUCCGGCCUGGGCAUCAGGAUAUAGGUCUGAGUUUGGCUCUGCCCCUUGCAUUUGUGUCCAUGCUUCGUGGCAAAUCAGUUCGCCCCCAGGCCUCAUUCUCUUUCUGUAUACAGUGAGGUCAAUUCUGGGGCUCUGGGCUUUCAGGUGAUUGAGAGGUUCAGGAGAAUCAGAGAUGCAAAAGUGCUUGCUAAGUGUCAAGGUUUCUUAAAAUAUGCAGAUUAUCAUGGAGGGAAAUCAGGAUCAUGGAGGGAAAUCAGGGCAUUUCCUCUGCAAACAGUUGAGUCACUGCCUCCCAGAUAUUCCACCCAAAAUGGCAGAGCACCAACGCAGUCCCUGGGGAUGCUUUUGCUGGCUCUCUGAGUGAUGUCCAGUAGCAAGCGUGUCCUUAACUUGUUGGCCAGCAUCUAGGGCAGCUUUCCCCUCUAACUCCCACCCCCCAGGGCUGGCUUCUUCUUCCCUGGAUGCUCAAGGGUGAGAAGUUGUUCCAUGUGGGUCUCCCCUGGAAGAGGAAGCAACUGACCAACAUUGGGGAGCUUGUCGCAGGCAGCUUGCUGGAGAGGCACCUGGACGAGCAGAAGUGUGUGGAGACAGUGGAGCUGGGAAGCUAUGAGAAGUGCCAGGACCUUCGUGCCCUCCUCAAGCGUAAACACCGCUUUAUCCUGCAGCGAUCCCCGGGGAACAAGGUCAGCGACAUCAAGUUUCAAGCAACCAGUGGGGAGGAGAAGGAAUCCUGGAUCAAAGCCCUCAAUGAAGGGAUCAACCGAGGCAAGAACAAGGCUUUUGAUGAGGUAAAAGUGGACAAGAGCUGUGCACUGGAGCAUGUGACACGGGACCGGGUGCGUGGGGGCCAGCGGCGCCGGCCACCUACAAGAGUCCACCUGAAGGAGGUAGCCAAUGCAGCUUCUGAUGGGCUUUCGCGCCUGGACCUCGACGUGCCAGAUAGUGGGCCGCCAGUGUUUGGCCCCAGCAAUGAUGUCAAUGCAGCCCAGCCCCAAGAGACACUCAGGCCCCCUAUGCCUCCUACCAAGCCUUCCCCACUGCCGGAGACCACCAGCCUCAGUGACAGAGUGGAGACUCCUGCCGGGGAGAGAGCCCCAUCCCCUGUCUCAGCAAGCUCUGAGUCCCACCAAGCAAACUCAGAGACUCCAGUACAGGAGGACAGUGGCCCUGAGCAGACCCCCAGCAUGGUCCUGCCUGACAAACUGAAGGUGAGCUGGGAGAACCCCAGCCCCGAGGACGCCCCUGACUUUGAGAGUACAGAACUCCAGGUGCCCUGUUCUGAGGCUUCUGAGGCUGUGCCCAAGGAGGGUGGGAAGCCUCCUACACCCCCACCCAAGAUCUUAUCAGAGAAACUGAGAGCUUCCAUGAGUGGGAUGGCGGCUUCUGGGCCAGACCAGAGUCCUGAGGCCUCUGACACCUCAGCCCCAGAUCCAGCACAGAUGUCAGUGAAUGGCGUGGAUGACAGUCUGGAGCCCGUCAAUCCACCCCAGGCCUCGGGCAUCCCAGAAACAACCCCAAAGGAUGCAACAACGUCCACAGCACUGCCCUGCUGGGACCUGCCAUCUCAUUUCCAUCCCCGCUGUUCCUCCCUGGGGAACCUGCUUGGGGAAGGCCCCCGGCGUCCACGGCAGCCUGGAGAACGGCUGUAUCGGGCCCAGCUGGAGGUGAAGGUGGCCUCAGAACAGACGGAGAAACUGUUGAACCAGGUGCUGGGCAGUGAACCGGCCCCUGUGAGCGCUGAGACAUUGCUCAGCCAGGCUGUGGAGCAGCUGAGGCAGGCCACCCAAGCCCUGCAGGAAAUCAGAGAUCUGGGAGAGAUGAGCCAGGAAGCACCUGGGCUACAGGAAAAGCGGAAAGAGCUGGUGACCCUCUACCGGAGAAGUGCACCCUAGGGCCUGCCAGGCCAGGGCGUGGUCCCUCCUAGCCAACCCAGUCCAUCAAAGCCCAGCCCUGCCAAAAAACAUGCUUCUGCUCAGGCUGUAGAAAGGCCAUCAGGCAUGUUGGGGGUAUGGCCAGGAACUAUGGAGAUUCCUGGUAUCCUUCCUGCCCUGCCCUGGCCAAUGGUGCCAGGAGCCACCCAGGACCACUAUCUGACUAUCUGGCCCAGUUUCUGGGCUUGGGCAGGGAGCACACACUUGGUUGCUUGCAUGGUUGUUCUGAACUGCCCCAGGGCUUUAGCAUGGCACUUGGGGUUUCUGGGGGUGGCAUCAUCUCUGCUUCCCACCCCCAGUAGUUUACAUUCCUGACUUCUGAAUAGAGCACAGCUGAGCCCCCCCUCCUCCCCACCCCUCCACAGCUCCCACAUCCAGAUGUUCCCGGGCAGAGAGCGUCAUGGCAGAGGCAGUUUUGAGCCGUCACUAGCCCUCCCUACCCACCUACUCGCAAUAGCUGCCAAGGCCUUGGGUCCAAGUUAUAGGUUUUUCUGUCAGCUGAGUGAGACCUGGAAUCCAGCCAGGGCCUGUGAAGGCAGGUGGAAGGCAUCUGUGUGGGAUUCCUAUUCUGCAGGCCUUCCUCUCUGGUGAACUGUGAUUGGAGGACUCCAGGAUAGAGGAAGAACUUGAAGGGUCUCCUAGUCUAGUCUCUCCCCCUGGACCAGCUUGUGUCCAGCCCUGCACAUUUCCUGUAGAGGUGAACCCGAGAAUGGCUCUGAGGUCAACAUCAGAAAAUCCUGUACCUACUUCAUUAUAAAUGAACCUUCAGAGAAGAAGCCACCUCAACUUCUGUGCCUCCCCAGAUGGGAUUUAUAUCUGGCUCUCUAUGCUUCCUCCUGAACCCAAACAGGCCCAACAUCCCAGUCAUUUCUUUGGAUGCUGAUGGGGGUAUGUUGGGGCCUGAAAUCACUUCCCUUUCCCCUCUUCCCCUCUGGCUCAGGCCGUAGAUGGACUGCUCUUCCUGAACUUCCUAGUGGAAGGGGCAUUUCCUUUUGUCCCUUUCCUGGUCCAAGCCCGCAGCCUGGGCCUCUCCCUAUCUGUCGCCUCCCCUCCACCCCAAUUCUCCCUGCACUUGUCCCUGACUCUGGGAACACACCCAAUCUCCAUCUAGGUGCAGAGGCCCUGAAGGCACGGCCACUCUCCCUGGGACCUAUAGGAGUAGGAGCAGCUUCUGAAAGGCCUGCUCAGGGGGGUUUUAGCAUGUGCACUUUUAUUUACUGGAAGAGGACAGGGAGGGUCACAGCUGCAUGUCCUGGCCUUUCUGCCCACUGCUCCACCACCAGUCGUGCCCACUGAGACCUGCCAGUACAGGUCAAUGCCUUCUUUACUGUACUUCUACUUUGUUCUUGAGGGUAGUGGCCAGGGAUCAAGAGGGGCAGAUAUCCACUCUGCAGCCUGUACUGGGCAGAGGUGGAGGUGAACAGCUAUGUCCUGACCCAUGAGCCCCCACGGGCCUUCUCAAACUACACUCUUUGGACAAACGAGGCUGCCAUGCCACGGUCUGCCUAUCCCUCCAUCUGCCUUCAGUAUGAAAGCAAGAAUGGCAUCAGGUGCCUAGUCACAUGGCCCCCUGCACUCUUCUUUUGGGGAACAGCUUUCCCCCACCAGCAGCCUGGACCAGCUGGGGCUUUAGCCAAGUCACCUGUUUCCAGGGACUAGAGCCUCAGUUUCCUCCUCGGAUAAAUGACCAGAUUGAGCAAGUAGCUCUGGGGCCAUCUCAGUGACCUAAUGCCAUUAUGGGGUUCUUAUGGGAUUCCUGUGCCUUGGUCACCUGGGCCCCAAGGGGAGGGGUAGAAGAAUUGGGAAUAUGCAGGGUCUGCCUGGCCUGCCUCCUUGAGGAGGAUAGCAUUCCAUGUCUUCUGUUUAUGAAGCGCCUUUCUUGAAGUUUGGCAAUAAAUCCCUUUUUAUGGAA